AUGGUCAAAAUAGCAAUUGCCGGAGCUUCAAGUGAGCUGGCUAGAGAGGUCCUCGACAAACUGGUUGCAACUCAGAAGCAUGAAAUAAUCGCACUGGUUCGAAAGAAUUCUGCCAAUUUUCCGACCCUUCCCGGUGUCAAAUGGGUGGAGACGACAUACGAAGACAAAUCAGACUUGGUCCAGUUGUUCAAGGGCGUCAAUACUGUUCUGUGCUUCAUCACUGUUCAUCUUGACCCAGAGAGUAAGACGCAGAAGCGGAUUAUUGAUGCUGCCGUUGAGGCUGGUGUCAAGCGUUAUGCACCAUCCGAAUGGUCAGCUGGUGUUGAGAUGGAGUCUUCAGUCGAGGUCAUUCCGUGGUACGCUGGGAAAGUUGACAUCAAUCAUUAUCUGGGGGAGCUCAACAAAAACCAAAAGGUCCUCGAGUAUUCCAGAUUCCAACCGGGUUGGUUCCUCAACUACCUUGGCCACCCUCACCAAGUGUCAAAGUAUAUCACUACGGUGCCUUUGCAGUUCGAUUUGGAGACACUCCAUGCUGUUUUAGUUGAAGGAUCUCUGGAUUACCAGAUAACAUAUACGUCUGUUGCAGACAUUGCCAACGUGGUCGCUCGCGCUGUGGAGUACACUGGUGAAUGGCCGGUAGUCGGAGGUAUACGUGGACACCGGGUCACUGUUGGGGAACUUCUUGAAAUUGGAGAAAACAUCAGAGGCAAGCCAUUUGUCGUGGACUGGCUCAAGAUGGAGGACCUUCAGGCUGGGAUUGUGAAGACGGACAGGUAUGCUCGUCUAGACAUUCCCUCUAUCCCGAAAGACCAUAUUGAAGCGUUUUCUAAGAUGGCCACUGCUGGAAUCUUGAUUGCAAUGAGUAAAGGAGUUUGGACUGUUUCAGACGAGUGGAAUAAGAUAUUCCCUGACUAUGAGUUUGAGCAGGUGGAUACUUUUCUCAAGAAGUUAUGGCCAGGGGAAUAG